UAACAAUGCUUGUUGUUGACGUUUGUGGUCUUUGAUUGAUGUUGUCAUAAUUUUAACCUAAUAAAUUUCAGAACGUAAAAUAGUGAUAAAUACUAAAGUGUGGGUAUUUUUUACCAUAUUUACGAGUUAAAAUAAGUCAUGGAGGAACAGGAAGUUUCUGACGUACUUAAGAAAUAUUUCAGGUUUGAUUCCUUUAAAUCAGAACUACAAAAAGAUGCCAUUCUUGAAAUAUGUAAAAGAGAACAUGAUGUUUUAGUAUCUAUGCCUACAGGAUCUGGUAAAUCAUUAUGUUACCAAUUACCAGCAGUAUUACAAAAUCAAAAGUUGGCAUUAGUUUUCUCUCCUUUGCUAGCCUUAAUAAAGGAUCAAAUUGAUCACUUGUCAGUUCUAAGAAUAAAAGCAGCAUCGUUGAAUUCAAAAACACUAAAACAAGAGAAAGAUUGGAUCUUGAACGAUAUAAAGUCUGUUAAUCCAACAAUUAAGUUACUGUACAUAACGCCUGAACAAGCUGCUAGUAAUAAUUUUAAAGAACUAUUUCAGCAUUUAGUGAAAUUUAAUAAAAUCUCGUAUAUAGUUGUUGAUGAAGCCCAUUGUGUUAGCCAAUGGGGCCAUGAUUUUCGUCCUGAUUAUUUGAAAUUAGGGGAGUUACGAGUUGACAACAAUAUUCCUUUUGUUGCACUUACAGCUACGGCAGGGGCUGAAGUCAUUAAAGACAUAGUUUCAAGUCUAAGGUUUCCAGAGUCUUACAAAACAUUCAGAUCUUCUUGUUUUCGUAGCAAUUUAUUUUAUGAUGUCUAUUUUCAAAACAGUUUGGAUACACAGAUAUUUGAUCAUUUAAAAAGUUUUGUUGCUGGCUGUUUACAUUUAAGAAAUGAAGAUGAUGUUCCUAAGGAGUCAAAAUCUUGUGGUAUAAUUUAUUGUAGAACUAGAGAUCAAACAGAAUUUUUAGCAAAUAAGUUAAGUAGUUUAGGUAUAACAACCAAAUGUUACCACGCUGGUUUAACCAGUAGCCAGAGGUUGUCAUACCAGGAAGGUUGGCAAAGAGGGGAAUUCCCAGUCAUUUGUGCAACUAUUAGUUUUGGCAUGGGCGUAGAUAAGGCGACGGUGAGGUUUGUUAUACAUUGGGGAGUUCCAAAAGAUCCUGCUUCUUUUUACCAAGAAUCUGGAAGGGCGGGACGAGACGGAAGACCAUCAAAAUGUCGUAUUUACUACAAUAGAGCAGAUCGAAAAGCAAUUGAAUUCCAUUUAAGUCACGAUCUUGGUAAAGCCAAUAAAGAAUCAAAAAAAAUAAAAGCCCAAAAUGCAAUAAAGGCCUUCACUAAAAUCGUAGAAUAUUGCGAAACAGUAAAGGAAUGUCGACACAAACUUUUCACAGAUCAUUUUGGAGAACCCCCACCACCCUGCAACGGCCGAUGUGAUAUAUGUAUUGAUAAAAAAUCGGUAGAAGAAAGAGUGCAUAAUUUUAUGGUCCAGAAUAUACAGUUUCAUACUUCUGCAAAUGAUGACAACGAUUAUUCUGAGUUAUAUGAAGGUGGACGGAAUGGCAGUAAAGAAGAAUAUAUAGCAUAUUUAAGAGAUGGUGAAGGAAGUAAUGAUAGUGACUUUUUUGGUAGUUUUGAGAGGGAAAAGGCCGCUAAAAAAGAAUGCAACGAUCUUAUAAGAAAGCAAUUCGAACUCCGAAAAAAUCCACGAGAAGUGUCUCACGAUACUAUUGACAAAUUAUUUAACGCAAAUAAAAGAGUGAUUGCAGCAUCUUCGACUUCUAGUAAAGUUAGCGGUCUUAAUUUAGGUAUUAGGGAACAGUAUGUUACCAAGAUUAAAGAUGUACUGUGGGCAAACUAUUCUGAAUGCUGUGAUGAUAAGAAGUACGAUAUUAAAGAUAUCGAAAGUUGCGCUGUUGAUAUUGAAUAUUCAGUUUUUUCAUCUAAUACAACUGUCACUAUGUACAGAAAUUCGCUAGCAAAAAUCGUGUUUAAUAUUAAAAAACAAACGCAAAGUAAACAGAUAUAUGAAGCACUUGUUGGAUUCACCCCAAAACCGCGUAAAAACGAAACACUUGCAGACGUUUUUCGAAGACUAGAAAAGGAGCAAAUGCUGAGGAAAGAACAAGAAAAUUCUGACUUGGUCGAAAAGAAAAGAAAACAAAAUUUUGGCUUUACAACGGCCAAAGAACUUCUUGAAAGCAAAAAGAUUAAACUAGACAAAAAUCAGUCAACUAUCGGCUCAUUUUUUAAGAAAAAAGAAAAACAGGAACCAUACAACAGCGGUUCUGAAUUGAUUGAGGCUGCAGAAGAAAACUCUGAUUCUAGAGAAAGUUUUACAAAGAAAAACAAUGACGAAGAAACGAAAAAGAAAAAAGAUAAGAAAGGUAAAGAUCUGAAAGAAAUAUUUGGCGACAGUUCCGAUUUAGAUGACGACGACUUGAAUAUCGAAAAUAAUGAAGCAUCUUCCUAUAAUAAUAACGACCCAAAAAGCCCAAAAAUGUCAGACUUAUUUGGCGACUACAGUGAUGAUAAUGAAUCAAAGAAAGAUUUAAAAGAGUCGCAACUAAAUUUAGACAACUUAUUUGGCGACGAUUCCGAUUUAGACGCUGCUUACUUAGAACUAGAAAACAGUUUAAAAGAAACACUUCAAUCGCAAAAACCGCACCAGAAAAAGUCUAAGCAAAGAAAGGGCUCAAAAGAAUCGUCCAAAUAUGACGAAACCAAACGUAAACGAUCAAAAGAUAACAGUAAACGUCGCAAAAGCUCGGAAGAGUCAUCGCAAAGUAAGAGUUCGCCAGAAAAUUCAAAACACUUUAAAAAACGUUCAAAUGAUUAUAAGAACCAUAAACAUUCGGACAAAUCCAAAUCCACUAAGACUGUAGACGAGUUUGCUAGUGUUAGAAGUAUAAGUGAAUCCAAACACUUUGAAAAUUCAGAUGAAUCUAAACACUCUAAAAGUGAAGAUGAGUCUAAACUUUCCCAAGACGAAGAUAAAUUAAAAUACUCUAAAAGAACAGAUGAUUCUAAGCACUCAAAAAAUACUCCAAGUGAAUCUAAGCAUUUCAAAAGUACAGAUGAAUGUGAACAAUCUAGGGAAACAGACGAAUCCCAAAAUUUUGUAUUUGUAACUGAAUUCAAGCACUCUAGAACUCCAGAUAAAUCCAAACGCCCAAAUGAAUCCCGGCAGUCUAUAAGUUUGGAUGAAUCUAAACACCCCAGAAAUCCAGACGAAUCCAAGCGCAUUAGUACUACUAAUGAAUCAAAAUGCCCUAGAAGUCCAAACGAAUCUUAUGAUUCCAGAAAUACUGAUCGGUCCGAGCACUCUAAAGGUGAACACAAGCACCAUGGGAGUGCUUCAGAAUCCAAACAUUGUAAACGUCAUAAUAGCCCAGAAGACCAUAAAAACACCGACGAAACUAAACGUCAUAAAGUAUCGGAUAAAUUCAAACACUAUACAUAUUCCUCUGAAAUCAAACAUUACCACGAAACCAAAAACUUUAUGGUACCUGAUGAUAUUGUAAAUAUCAAAGAAAAGACAAAUAAAUGUGAUGAGGGUGCUGUAAAACCGAUUUUAGAAAAUUCGGUUGAAUGUAAUAAGGUGUCGAUUCCUACCACAAGCAAUGCUCAAAAAGGGAAUGAAGCUCUUGAAGCAAUUCCUAAAACAAGCGAUAAAAAAGUGAUCAACGAUCCGAGGUCACGACCCUCUGAAAAUGUUCAGAAAAAGGGCAAACUGAAAAAAGCAGAAAUCGGAACGUUGGUUGUUAAAUUACUUACUCCUGCUUAUGCUGAAAAGAGGUUUGACUCGAAGGAUACAUUCAAAAGUAUGGCAAGAAAUAUUUCACAUUCGCUUCUAGACAAAGAUGAAUUGGAAAUAAAAAAAUUUGUACAUAACUUUCUCAAAAAUCAUAGAAAGAUAACCGUUGAUACAACCUUGUAAGUAGAAAGUAAACACAAAUUUAUUAUAUUUGUUUUGCAGUUUUUAUCAUGUAGUAUACCCAGUUAUUUUUUCUCACAAUAACUCCAAACAUUUUAACGAAAGUCACCUUUAUUAAAUAAGCGUUUUAACGACUUUACAAACAAUGGGAAAAAAGAAAAGGCAUGUCUUGUUUCCAUCUAAAUACCUUUUCGAUCACAGAGCUGUUUCACAUUUGAAUGUAACCUUUUAAAAAUUAAACUUGUUUCUUUUUUGC